AUGCUGGACGGUGAGAGGAAAUCAAAGCUCAAGUUGGUCAGGAAGUCUUCGACUAUAGACCACGGCGUCACAUGCACGGGUCGCCAUGGAGACUGUUUCAGACUAUGUACUUACAACGCGAGAACAGUGUCCACAGACGCUGACCUGCAUGCCUACUCAUCAACACCAGCGGCUGAUGAAACCGAACUGUACGCAUUUCAUGAGGGACUGCAGGAACUGAUCCGCAACGAAAUGUCCUUCUACAACCUCUUGCUCGCUCCUGUCUUCUUUCAUAAGAAUUCGACUGCAUACCAAAACUGA